CCAAAUAACAACUACCUACCACCUUGUUGUUGUCCUAAUAAUAAACCCCACCACCACCUCUACCUCUACCUCUACCUCUACCUCUACUCCCUCCAAAUUGUUGGCGAUUCAAUUCACAUCACAAGAAAAAACAAUAAAAACAAACAACAAAUAGUAACAAGAAAGAAGUUUCUGAAAGUUAUUUAACUUUAUAUACACACCAUAUAAUUUAGCUACUGUAUACCAAACACAGACAAAGACUCUCCCCAAACAACAAAGAACUCUCCUUCACGUUUCCUUUGUGGGUUUUUCUUCCCCUCCAACAAUGUCAAGCUUGGAAGAGCCUCUUAACCUAGACAGGUUGCCAAGUUUGAGCAACAUUGAUUGGCUAGAGAGGUUCUCAUCUGGUGCCUGCAGGCCUAUAGGAGAAGAUAUGGCGAUGGGGGACUCCUGGACUGAUGGGAGAAGUUGCAGUUCGUCCAACAGCUGUGUUGAAGAUGAUGGCGAAUAUGGGAGAGAGAACUUCAAAUGGAGAAGACAUGGAUCACGUAACGGCAUCUCAAGUCGAAGAUCCAAGAGUUUUAGCACUAAUUAUAGAGUAUGUGGAACUGUGUCUCAUUCACAAUACUUGACAGAUCACCAAUCUAAAUCUUACAGCAACAAUAGAAGUACAGUGAGUAAAACGUUCAAGUUGUUCGAUGGCAUGCCAAAGUAUGUGAAGAUAGUGGAAGUUGGUCCAAGGGAUGGGUUACAAAAUGAAAAGAAUAUUGUUCCUACAUCAGUGAAGGUUGAACUAGUUCAAAAACUUGUCUCUUGCGGGCUACCUGUUGUUGAAGUGACGGGAUUUGUUUCUCCAAAAUGGGUACCUCAGCUGUCGGAUGCCAAAGAUGUAAUGGAGGCAGUGAAGGAUCUGGAAAGUGCCAGAUUGCCUGUAUUGACACCUAAUAUGAAAGGCUUUGAAGCAGCUGUUGCAGCUGGGGCGAAAGAAGUAGCUGUCUUUGCAUCAGCUUCCGAGUCUUUCUCAAAGUCCAAUAUCAAUUGCAGCAUUGAGGAGAGCCUUGUCCGAUAUCAAGCUGUUACUUCUGCUGCCAAAAAGCUGUCAAUACCCGUUCGCGGAUAUGUAUCAUGUGUUAUUGGUUGCCCAGUUGAAGGAGCAAUUUCACCUUCAAAAGUGGCAUAUGUAGCAAAGGAACUUCAUGAUAUGGGAUGCUUUGAAAUCUCCCUUGGAGACACAAUCGGAGUCGCUACUCCAGGAAAUGUUGUUCCUAUGCUUGAAGCGGUGAUGGCUGUGGUUCCUGUUGAAAAGCUUGCUGUGCAUUUCCACGAUACCUACGGACAGUCUCUUUCUAAUAUUUUGGUUUCCCUCCAAAUGGGUAUUAGCACAAUAGACUCAUCCGUUGCUGGACUCGGAGGCUGUCCAUAUGCCAAAGGAGCUACUGGCAAUGUUUCAACAGAAGAUGUUGUCUAUAUGCUUAAUGGUCUAGGGAUAAAAACCAACGUCGAUAUACAGAAACUCUUGCUAGCGGGAGAGUUCAUCAGCAAGUAUUUGGACCGGCCAUCCGGAUCUAAAGCAGCUGUUGCUUUGAGCAGUAACCAGAAGAUAUAGAGUAUAAAAUAUGCCACUUUUUAGAGUAUACUUAUCAAAAUUUGAUGAAAAAUGAUGUAUUUGAGACUGUAUUGGCAAAAUGAAGAUGCCACUAUUAUGACAACAUCAAGCUGCUCAUUGCAGCAUAUAUUAUACAUAAUACAAAGAGUAUUGAUUUAUGCUUCC